CUUUCAGCUACAUAAGUUUUGUCUUCCAUCUUGCUAAACCUGUUAUAGGAAAGUGAUUAAGGGGGUGGGGUGUGCGGUCACCUGACGUAGAUACGUAGCUCAUAUAAAAGGCUGAGCGACACUUACUAUCACCCUCUUUGAACGCAGAACCACCUGCCGACAGCAUCUCUAUCACACAAGUUUCAUCGACUGGAGUUUUUCCUCAGGUGAUCACACGGCUCAUCAUGGAGAUAAUCAUCAUCAUGCUGAACGGGUCCCACCGCCUGACGGUGAACCCUCAGGACACCGUGAGCUCCCUGAAGGGACUCAUCCAGACCAAACUGGGAGUCCCGGUCCAGCAGCAGAAGCUGAUGUUUGUGAACGGUCAGAGGACUCCUCUCAACGACGACUCAAAGCCUCUCAGCUGGUACGGUCUACAGUCCGGCUCCCAGGUGUCUCUGCUGAUCACCCAGCCGUCAUCUGUCCAGGUCGCCCAGCCACCACCUGUCCAGUCGCCAUCUUUCCAGGUGUUCCUCAAAAACGAUAAGGGCAAAUCGUCCACCUACGAUAUCACAUCUGAGGAGACCGUGGACCACUUCAAGGCCAGGGUGGAGCAACGAGAGGAGGUCCCAGUGAGCCAGCAGAGGCUCCUCCACCAGAGCAGAGAGAUGACCAGAGGAAGACUGACUGACUACAACGUCACCAAUCACAGCACCAUCUACCUGAUGUUCCGCCUGAGGGGAGGCUGAGGUCAGAAAUGACGACCUCCAAUGCUGCGUUUUUUAAUUUAUUUUUAUUUAUGUCUUCAUCACACACACAUUGACAUUUUUUGUGAAUCCGGGGUUUAAUUAUUUUUGAUUAUGUAAUUAGAAAUUCAAGCAUUCCUUGAUGUGUGUGUCCUGAUUCAGUCAUUCCACAAUGCAGCAUGUCAUCUCAUUAGACCUGUGUCAACUAUGUCAAUUGGCAACUGUUUUUAAAAAAUAAAAAUAAAGCCCCGGAUGUUCAUUUUU